AUGACUAGCCGUGAUUUUGUUUGCGUCGUUAAGCAAAAAAUUCAAUCCCUCUUGCGUAUACUUUAUAAGCAAUUUAAUACUCAACAAUUUAUCAGACAGUUAGCCGAACGCGAAGGUGUAUCGGAGGAAAAAAUUAAGGAAAUAGUCACGGAUUCCUUUUGCAAAUCAUAUUGCAAAGGAGAAAACAUCGGAGCCGAAUUACAUUUUGAGUUUGACUCCAGAUUAUUAGUUUAUCGCCGCUAUAAAAUAGUUUCUGAUAUUAGUGACCCAGAAAAAGAAAUAAUGGCAGAUAAUAAAUUAUUAAAAAGCGGACAAGUGAAGGAUGGUUAUUUUCUGCUCCCUUUGGAUGUUAAAAAUCUGUCUCUUUCUAUUAACCAAGAAAUUAAAGACCGCUUGCGAAAAGACGGAAAAAUAAUUAAAGGUAGUAUUAAAAGUCUCCAAACUACUAAGGAAUUCCAAGGCAAGAAAUAUUAUGCUGUUGACUUGGGAAGAGGCGUCGAAGUGAAAGAAAAUCUUGGAGAGGAUACUCCACAAAUCAUUUUGACCCGAGCGGACGAUUCAUUUGUUCGCAGACUGCUCGAGCAAGAAAUACCUCAGUUAAAAGAAGGAUUAGUGGUUAUUCAUAGUAUUUUACGUUUGCCGGGAUUAAUAAGUAAAGUAAUAGUGGAAAAAGGUUCAGUGGCGAAAGAAAAAAACUUGUAUAUUGAGCCAGCCGGAACCUGUAUCGGCGAAGGGGGCGAGAAGGCAAAAUCGGUUUCUCGCUUGAUUUAUCCCGAACCCUCGCUCCUUCUUCAACAUGAAGGAAAAAUGCUUCAAAAAAUUAGUGAGUAUUUGGGAAUAAACGUUCAUGUAAAGAUGAUGGAAGAAACGAAUGAAAGAGAAAGAUUAGGAAAUAAAGGACAAAUAUCGCAACAAAUCGGCAAUUACAAAAAUAUUGAUGUGCGAAUAGUGGAAGAGAUUGAAUAA